CUAACGAUCCUCUAGAGGUCUCUUUGGGGACUCCGCUACCUUAUCAAUCCCUUCUUUUUAUCUCCUUUGUUUGAGAGAGAUUUGGGAAUCCGGCACUGAUGUCCAGAGAAGUGCAUACAAUUAAAUGCAAAGCUGCAAUAUGCUGGGGGCCUGAAGAGCCAUUAACGGUUGAGGAGAUCGAAGUUGAGCCUCCCCAGUCAUCGGAAGUUCGACUUAGACUCCUUUUUGCGAGUUUGUGCCACACAGAUGUAAUCCGUAGGAGUGGAUUUCGCUAUCCACUGUAUCCACGAAUCUUGGGGCAUGAAGGAGUUGGCGUGAUUGAGAGUGUCGGCAAAGGCGUUACAGAUUUCAAAGAGGGAGAUAUAGUCAUCCCAAGCUUCAUAGGAGAAUGUGGAGACUGUGAGAACUGCAAAUCAGCCAAAACAAAUGUGUGCCUUAAAUAUCCCACCAACUUUAAUGGUCUCAUGGCAGAUAAUACCUCCAGAAUGUCAGUAAAAGGACAGAAGCUUUACCAUCUCUUCUGGUGCUCCACCUUCACAGAGUUCACAGUUGUGGACCACAAUUACAUUGUUAAGAUCAAUCCUGAGCUUCAACUUGCGCACGCCAGUCUCCUGUCUUGUGGAUUUACCACUGGAUUUGGCACGGCGUGGAAAGAGGCGAAGGUGCAUAGAGGAUCGAGCGUUGCAGUAUUCGGUCUUGGAGGCGUUGGAAUUGGGGCUAUUAUCGGCGCAAAGUUACUUGGAGCAAGCAAGAUCAUUGGUGUGGACUUGAACAAUAGAAAGAAAGAGAAGGCGGAAUUUUUCGGAAUGACAGAUUUCAUCAAUCCGAAAGAAAUAGAGAACAAGACCUGUGUGGAGAUGAUAAAGGAGAUGACUGGAGGCAUGGGUGUUGAUUAUAGCUUUGAAUGUUCUGGAGCUGGAUCAGUAGUCAAUGAAGCUGUUGAAGCAACAGUCAUGGGAAGAGGAAUUACUAUUAUGCUGGGAGGAGCCGAAAAAAACGCAUCAAUAAGUUGCUUGGCACUUUUAGGUGGUAGAACACUGAAGGGUACCACCUUUGGUGGAAUCAAGCCUCGCUCUGAUCUUCCUUCCAUCAUCACCAAGUGCAUAAAUAAGGAGAUCCAACUUGAUGAGAUGUUGACCCACCAAGUCGAUUUGGACAACAUCAAUCACGCAUUUGAACUGCUAGAGGAUGGUGACUGUCUCAAAAUAGCGAUCAAGAUCAACGACAGGUAGGGAAAUUGGCUAAGGGAAUCUAUAGGACCUCGAAGUUUUAAGUUUCCAUGGUGCAUUCAGAUGAUUGUAUUCUACGGAAAGGAUUGUUCGGUUUGUGGAGAAUUAUUAGUUUUGACUAGUUGUCACCUGUAAGAUGCACGGGAUUCAAUAUUAUCUCUGUUGUAUGUA